AUGGGUCAAAUAAAAUGCGAGGGGGCGCCGAGGGCGGGUCUUGAGGUGAAGUUGAUGCAGCACCGGUUCUUCCUCCCCGAUCAACCCAUCGGAGUCGAUCACACUGACGCGAAUGGAAACUUCACAUUGACAGCUUUUCCCACAGCUGGCAUGCAAACCGUCAGCAUCGACAUCAUUCAUGAUUGCUAUGGGGAUCGGCGUUGCAUCUGGUUCAAAUACGAACUGCCCCACGAAGCCGUAGCCCCCGGCGCCGUUCCAUACAAUUUUGGGCUGGAGGAGCUUUGGCCUAGUAAAUAUACAAAAGGAGUCGUCUGGUGCGUGCCGACGAAGGGUGGAUUUAGUGGCCAAACCAACACAACGUCUAGCGACCAGCCCACUACAACUAAAAAGCCA